AUGCCAUCUCAACAAUACACGAAAAAACCCAAAACCCUAGCAGAGAGGCGCGCAAGGGAACAGGCUGAGUCGGAAGCGAGAAUGGAUACAAUAGAAGCCGACCUUGCGGCCAAGGACACAUUGACUAAAAAAGUGUUCGGUCCAUCAGCAAAACCUCGCGCUCUCCGAACCAAAAUGGAUAGACAAUUAUCUACCGCUCUGGAAAACUAUGACUCUGGUUCCGACGAAGUACCCGCGAGCAAGCCCUCAACCCCGUCGACUUGCAAGAGAGAUCAUCCAUCAGACAUCGAUGACGAAUAUUUCGAACCAGCGCACAGUCGAAAGAAGUCACGCUUGAGCACCGCAAGCACAUCGAUGGAUCAAAUACCACCCGUGAAGGACUGGCCUGCUGAACGUGAAGUAACCAAGCAUGGGGUUGCCAAUAAUUCAAUCGGGGCAGCGAUUUGGACACCCAUAAAUAACGACGACAAGGGGAAAGAUCGAAUUCUCGCCGAAAGGUCUCGCAAAGAAGGUACUGGAUUACAGUUCGCCGUAUUCCGGGGUGAUAUGACUUGUCCGAAUGGUGUAACUUGGGAAGAUCAAGCCUGGAUGGAAGCCACUGAUAAACGUCAAGAACACAUGCAAGAUUGGAUAGAAAAGAAGGAUGCAGAAGCAGCUGUGACAGUUUAUGAUCUCAAAGCUGGUGUAGCGCUCUCGACCGUUGCUCUCUGGCCGCGACCCAAAGCACUCUAUGAACAGCAAAGCCUCGGCCGAAAACUCAAUGAACGGCGACAGCUGCUCAAGUUAGUCAUGGACUAUACCGAGAGAGAGUUGAGAAGGGACGUGUUCGAAGUCAUAGACACAGAGCGUUUCAGAUUCGCGCACAAGCAGCAGGCUCGUCAGGCGCAAAGCCAUGGCAUGUCAACCGCGUCGGAGGUCCUACGACGUUUACAGAGGAACACGCUUUUCCCCACCGGUGGCCACCCAGAUACGAAAUAUUUUGACUUCAUGAUCGAGUAUCUACCAGGAAACAACGCAAAUAGCGACACUGUCACCCGUAGCGCAAUGGAACUCAUAUCACCGUUGUUCCCGGAUCGAUUCGAGCCGUAUAAGACACGAAUAGGGAACAUCAAGUCGUAUCUGAAUUUUUGCAGCUCAAAUAUCAAAGAAUCUGCGACUCUGGCUCAUAAUCUGGAAAUUCUACUUGCUCAGAUGAUUGUGAAUGGGCCUUACCUGAUUGGCAACAGGCACUUUACACUCUUGGCCUACUUAGUGUAUGGCGAGUCGAGGCUCCAACAAUUGCUGAACAGAUAUAAAAUCAUAUACCCUGUGAAUACGAUUGACAAGAACCUGAGCGUUUGGAUGGAAAUUUAUUACGAGGGGUGCAUCGACGGCUAUGAUGAAUGGACUGCUCGUGGUGACGUUGAUUAUCUGCGGAGCUUUUUUGACUAUGUUACCCUGAGCGAAGUCGUUGAUCCUCAUGAAAAUGCUAACGGACCGGAACCUGAACGAACUGGGAGACUACAUAGUCAGCAAGAGACGGAGAAAACGGACUGUUCACAUCGAAGCAAUAAAGAUUACAGGGUCGCAGAAGCCCUUGAAAGUAAGCCAAGAGCAAUGCCUCAAACAGCAAUCUCUAUCAAGAAUUCCAAAGCAACAGCCAUGGAGACAGAGGCCUCACAAACCUUGAUCAUUGUGGGCGGCCAAGACGAGCCUGCGACAGAUCCCGAGGCCAACCAAGCUAUUUCACGCUCCGAACCUGCUACCACAAUAACACCAAUCUAUGUCCCAGAAGUGAUGGCAAGGCUCUGGGUAAAGUCGCUGGAACCGAAGAAGGGUAAUCAGAUCGACGAAAGGGUCAUAGCCAUCCGCCACGCCGCUGCCAACGAAGAGCGCUUUUAUCUUCUCGAGGAUCUCAAAUGGUACACUCUUCAUCGCGUUCCCCAGCACCGCAAGGACGCAUGGAGAAAAGAUACUUUGAAAGUCGCCAUGACAUGUGAACCCGUCAAUUUCAAAGUCACGGAUUCUGAAAAUGACGAGGAUUCAAGGAAUACUGCCGCUCUUUACAAGGGGUGGACUCGUUUUGCCGUUAUGGCUGGCCAUCCGAAUGUAGACCCUCUUCACCAUGAUGAAGAGGCUUGGAAGAAUUCGAUCUAUCUCAGCAGCUAUAAUAGGCCGAUUGGGGAACAUGCAAUUAGAAUGCAUCGAGAACGAAUGAAAGAAGUGGGCGAUAUUCAUGAAAACGGACAGGAAGUAGGGCCAAUUGAUGCCGAAUUGGAGGAAGAUGAUAAUGAGGCUAAUGAGGGUGAUGAAGAAAGAAAAGAAGAGAUAGAAGGUUAA